GAGUUUGAUUCCGGGGCUUAUCACUGCACUGGUCGCCUAUCCGACGGGGGCUAUCUUCGUACAAGUUCAAGACCACAUUUUUUGCUUGGCAACGGAACUGGCAUAGUUCUAGGGUACCGCACUUCCGGCAACCCUAAUCUUUGGUAUACUGGUGGGCACACAAUAUAUUUACAUGAGACUAUUCAUCUACGGUGUAUCUCUUGGACAACCGACCAUGAAAUGCGAUAUGCUGUGCAGCUACUUGUCGGCCAGAAAACAUCUGUACCGGUCACACGAAUGACUCACACGAGCCACCCGGAAGGUCUCAUAGUACAGAGUGUAGAUUAUACUGAGGUAGCCUCCCUGAACACAAAACUGCAACAGAUAACUUGCCUCACAGUAAGCCGGAAACACAAGAGUCAUCAACGUGUUGUCGUUACUCUUCCUGGUGUAGAGUGUAAACCACCGAGUGAAGUUACUUUUGAACCCUCGGUACUGAGAGCACUUCGUCAAUCCGAGGAAGUACGAUGUUUCGCUAUUCAAACAUGCAUUGGGUUGCACUACAGGUGGCAGUGGUUAGCGGGACCGAUACCGCAGAGCACAGUCAGUGAGGGCAAUCUGAAUACCAUUAUUAGCAUCAGUGGAAACAGACUGCCUGUAUCUUCUCUGGGUUCAAGCGGAACGUACAUUUUCACGUGUGUCGUCACUUGUACAUGCGGGGUAGUUACCCACACCAUUUCGGCUAAUCGACAAAUUACAGUGCUGCCAAUGUUGAGCUCUGGAAGAGAGAAGCUGGAUGACAGUGUGGCACAUAGACAUUCCCAGUAUCAGAAUCCUCCUAAUUUAAAUGUACUCACGACGCAGCACGUGAACAAUCAGGCUGUAAUCAAGAGCACACCAAAACCUAACGCAACGAUAAAAUCGGAAAUGGUUGCGAUAUCAAGGAAUUUUGAGAAACCGGUUGAGUCGAAAUUUUUAGACUGUCCAUCAUCAUCUCACCUUGAGGAGCAAAAACCUAAGGCCCACACUUUGUUUCUCGGCUCCCCGAAUCGCAACACUGUAAGGCAUUGUGAUCUCUGUGCCCUCCGACGAACGCAUCAGCAACUCACUGCUAUAACCUUACCGGAUAGGAGAUUUCGGCGUUUCGAACAACAUGAUGAACCCUGGUAUGUGUGGCGAUAUAAGUGGAGGUUGCCUGGCGAUUCACACCAGCUCAGCAAUACGGUUAAAGGUAUGUAUCGUAUUCUACUGUAUCUACGUCAGGCCAAAGGCCGUGAUCACGGGUGGCCUCCGAAGAUGGGGCAUGAGCUGACGCAUGAUAAGGAAGGAAAUAGGCCGACAAUGUCGGAACCGUUGACAGAAAAGUGCCGUCAACAAGCGAUAUAUCCUCAGACCAUUGACAAAAGUGAGGGGAAUUCACAUGUAAGCAUAACUGACCAGCCAAAUGAGAAUGAGUAUCCGCCGUGGAAUGGUAGACAAAGUAGGCGUCUUUGUUCUGUAGCUGGAGAACAAGAUCGAUUGGGUUCGCAUCCCACUCGUACUAUGUGUCUUAGAGAGAGGCAUAACAACAGUAGGUAUUUCCGGUCAACCUCACAUGGCACAGGACGGCUUUUGCCUGUGUCAAGCAAACGUGGUCAAUGGGAGGGUGUAGAAGGCUCCCGACGUAAACAAAGAAGGCUUGUGCUCUCAAUUGGAGAAGCAUAUCCGGUAGAUAAUAUAGACUGGACCGGCGAGGAACCGCUGCCAACUGGCCAGUUUGUCUCCUUAGAUACAUUGGUUGAUAACCAACUGAGCAUGACUGAUUCCCGUAAAAAUGUGAAGAAGCCGCUAUCGCGACACAAAACCAAGUACAGUAGAAAUAUUACCGGCAGACAGGAGCGAAUCUUGGCCCCAACUGACCGAAUCAGGCAGCAGGAACAACCGGAACUCAUCAGACGCACUGAGUGUUUGAGUUUGGAGCAUCCAUUUAAUUUGCAUACUUUACCGCAAUUGAAGGAACAAUUGUCGCUGCAAAACUGUGUGGAAAUAGGUGAUGUUUCUAGUUCAUUUAGCAAACCCUUAUUAAAUGAUACGCAAUUCGGUACGAGAAGAUGUCAAUUCAUGGAGAGGCAAAGUUUGGAGGUGUACUUACAUGAAAAACACUGGGGGAAAACCCCCUGUUGGAGAAACCUGGUUACUCGGAGUGAAAGUAGACUCCAUCACAUACCCAGGAAUACAUUGCACAGGUCUGAGCAGGAUAAGAGCGAUGCAAACUCUGAACAUACCACUCCAUGGGGACAAAAAGAGCGCUCCGAGACUUUGCUUUCCAUAACACAAGGAAAGGAGGACAGGCAAGACUUAGAAGACCUGCAGCCAUUAUCUGAGCUGCUCAUACGACCCAACUUUAUCCAGCUACCGGGAACCGUCACGGUUCUCUGUCCCAGCGAACCACCCACUAUAACAGAUAAGCACUGUGUCGAAAUCCAGUGGUACCGUUUGAGCACUCUCAGUGGUGUUAGAACCUUUCUUGCAGCUAUCUCCUUGGAGCAAAGAAAUAUACGUACACGACGAAUGGGUGAAUUACGCGUUGAAGUAGCUUUAUCCUAUCCACCCCACAAAAGACCACAUUGGUACACACUAGACCUAACACACCUUCAGCUACAUGACUACGGGUAUUAUACUUGUGUAUGCCGAUACCAUUCGAAGUUACCUGAAAGUGGUGAAUUGCAAGUUGUAAGAAGCUCAGUUAGACCACUGUGUAUUCUGGCUGAGCAGCCUAGGCCGGAGAUUAGGAUUGCACGUUACACUAACGACAAAUUACAUGAACUACAUGUUAGCAUAAACACCACCAGUGGAAUCAACGCAAAACAACACCCGCUCAUUCGACACACCCUCGAGUGCUUCAGACUCGGAGACUACGUUGUCGUGUACUGUGAGACAGCACCGUAUCGUGUAUUCUGUGAAUUAGAGGACGAGAUUGCCAAUGGAUCGCGACUGAUUGAAACACGAACUUACGCAAGCUUUUAUUUUAAACUUAAUCGAAUGGAAUGGCACAAAAUAGAUCUGGCAAAAGCAAGUACCCACAUUCCAUCAUUAUGGAACGUACGUCCUAAGGUGUUUGCAGCGGAGUCAAGCACUUGGCAGAUGCGUGUUACAGAACAACAGAAUUAUGGUUUUCUGGUGUGCAACUCACUUCCAAGAGUUCGUAAACCGUUGCUCAACCAAUUUCGCUAUUUCAACUGGUUGGCACAACAGCUUGAGCCAACCCGGGUCGCUAGCAGUACACGCAGGUCGGUCGUUGUGCGUCUUUGUAUAACUGCGCCAGAGAAUAUGAUGUACAUUCACCCAACGCCAAGCAUUGGAAAGGGGCGAAGGUUAGGUAUAGUCAACCUCGAACCAAAACACACGAUCAGUUGCUCAGCCCCUCACAACUCCGUUAGAUGGAUGAACAUGACGAUAUACCCGGUCGUGGAGGACAAACUAAAAGUGGCCGAAGAACAUGGCUUGGUUGCCUUGUCCGAAUGGAUAGACAGAGCAAGAGCUUCUGUCCACUGGCUACAAAACAUGCGUCCAAAUCACAUAACGGCCUUUGUUCCAGCAAGUGGUCAGUCCAGUGGUCCUCAUUUCGUCACGUGUGCAGUGCUCGGAACCAAUCUCAGCCGA